GCCUUACUGAUAAUUGCAAUAAAGUAAAUAACAACUUUGACCACUACAGUAAUGAAUUAUAUAUUGAUAUAAAUAAAUGAAAUACAAAGAAGAACAAAUACUGUCAUAAGUAGCUCAGCCAUUACAAGAGGAGGCUGUGUGAAGAGAGAGGAGGGGGUCCAUGGAAAGAGGCAGGGUAUUGAAUGGUGGAUGCAGCUGUCUUUGAUGGCUUGGAGGGGAAACCGAGGGGGAGAAACCACCCUAGACCCUAGGAGAAGGCCCAGUAAGGUAGAAGUGUUUGGGAUAGUGGGUUGUGUAAUAAAAGGGGACUAAGAGCAUAAGAAAAGAAAAGAAAGGUGCCAAAUAGAACUAGGUAUAUAUUAGCUUCCACUCACUAUAUCACACUUGCACUGAAGCUUGGAAACAAUCUUCCGGUCUUUAAAAUUUACUAUAUUUAAGGCUCUUCAGCUUAUAAAGGCUCCUCAGCUUUAAGAUGUAGUUUACCAGUAUCCUCAGUUGGGGCAGCUUGGACUUCAGCGCUGAACGCAUAAACAACAAACACUCGCACACACAAUGACUCAGGUUGGACAAAUAAUGAAAAGGAUGAGAUAGAAAACAGCUGUAACAAUUUAUGGAGACUACACUUACCAACACUUACCUGGGAGAUGCUACACCCUGAGGGGACUUCACCCUAUUCAUGUGAUAAAGCUGCUUGUUGGGUAUACAAAAACAGGUUCUAUGUCUUUGGGGGAUUUGGCCCACCGAGGGAGUUUGAGGUGAUGCCGAAAAUCAAAGUACAGUUUGUGCAGGACGACUCAUUUCACAGGGGUUGGAUAGAUCAGUUGGUGUAUUAUGAUAUAG